GAAGAGGUCGGUGUUUUCCUGCACAGCUAUUAGAAUCCAGGGCUCUGGCUAAAGACAGUUCAGCCAGCAUACAUACAACGGGACUUAAUCUCUGCUGACGUUAGCUAGCAACCGUGGCUAAGCUAUCUAAAUAGGCAUUUAGCUAGGUAACGUUAGUUAGCUAACGUUGAAGCCCGUUUACAAGCACAGUCUUAUCAUUACACUGCAACCAUCGAUCAGAAACGUGCCUUGCCUUUGUUGUAUCACCUUGUAUGCCAGAGUCGUAGUGAGAAUGCCAAAAUCAAAGGAAGUUCUGUCUUCCACAUCUGGAAGUGACUCGGACAGUGAAGUAGAGACCAAGGCAAAGAGAAAGAAGUCAAGCGCACCGGAGAAACCAGCCAAGAAACCAAAGAGCGGAGAGAGUUCCAAGCCAGGCGGCUCAUCCAAGGGCAGCAGUAACAGUGACGACAACAUGUUUCAGAUUGGAAAGAUGAGAUAUGUCAGCGUCAGGGACUUCAAAGGUAAAGUCCUGAUUGACAUCAGAGAGUACUGGAUGAACCAAGAUGGGGAGAUGAAGCCAGGGAAAAAAGGGAUCUCCCUGAACCCUGAACAGUGGAACCAACUGAAGGACCAGAUUUCAGAAAUCGAUGACGCCAUUAAGAGAAUAUAAGCAUUCGUUUAGUGUUAUCUGCUGAGACAAUUGAACAUGUUGGCUAAUCAGUUUUGUAAAAAGCCUGGGAUUGUUUUCUAAUUGACUUUAAUUUGUAGUUGUAUAGAUCUAGUGUCGUCUGCAUACUCUGGUUUUUCUGUGUGACACUUGUAGUAAAGGUCUGGGUGGAUGAGAAGGAGGGUGAUUAUUACAGUCGGUGGGUGGGGUGUAUCAAUACAGUGAUGUUUUUGUAUUGAAUAAUAAAAACGAGGCACUAGCUUAAUGUUGUUUAAUGUGUAAGUUCAUGUUUGACUAUCAUGUAAAUAUAAAUGAUAGACUUAGUUCCAUCUGACCUUUGUAAUAUGUAUCACCCAGUAUUUUCAUUUCAGUAAGCCGAGCCGAGUGUGUCGUGUUGUACCUGCAGGUUUUUAGUUUCAUGGGUAGAACCAUUGGUUAGGUUUUGAAAAUAAAUGAUACUAUUAAACCA